AGUCACAUGAAUGCAAACAGGGCUUUUGUUGAGCAGACUGUUAAUCAUCUACAAAUCACUGCAAUUACUGAUCAUAAUCCACAAAACAAGAAAUAUCUUGAUCUGAAGAAAACUAUCAGAAGAGAGAAGGAUGACUUAUUGAAAGUGACAAAACUUAUACAGUUCCAGCAGGGUAUCAUUUCAAACUUAAGUAAUUGCAUUGACAAUGAAAAAAUGUUGCUCUCUGAGCUUAACAAUGCAAAAAAGGAAAAAAAGAUUAAACUUGGUCUUGGUGCAGGUCAACAUAAAAUAAUUGCAUUUAUGAUUUAGAGACAUGAACCUUUCUGUGAUUGAACUCUUGCCACUGCUUCAUAG